UACCCGUUGAAAGCUAAGCAUGAGGAGAGUAAUUGCACUUUUGGCUCUGGUCGCGUUGGGGCACACAAUUUCCUAUACGAACGUGCUGGAGGCGGAGUGGGAGACCUACAAAUUGGAAUAUGAAAAGAGCUACGAAAGUGAGGACGAGGAGCUGCUGCGCAAGCUCAUCUUCUACGAUAACAAGAAGAAGAUCGACAGGCACAAUAUGCGCUAUGCAAACAACUUGGAGAGCUAUGAAAUGGGCGUGAAUCAGUUUACGGAUAUGUUGUACAAGGAGUUUGAGAGCCUGAUGCUAAGCAGCAUUAAUGAAACGGAAAUGGCAUCCGAUAUAGACCUGAUGUACUCGCCGCCUGAAAGCUACGAGCUGCCCAGCAGCAUAGACUGGCGGAGUCUGGGUGCAGUCACUCCAGUGAAGAAUCAGGGACACUGUGGCGCUUGCUGGGCUUUCUCCGCGACGGGCACCUUGGAGGGAAUGCAGUUUCUGAAGACCAAGAAACUUGUAUCGCUCUCUGAACAGAAUUUGGUGGAUUGCUCAACCACACGCUAUCACAACCGCGGCUGCGACGGUGGCUUGCCCUAUCGAGCACUGCGAUAUGUGAUGGACAAUAAGGGAAUCGAUACCGAAAGCUCCUAUAAAUAUGAAAACAAGCAAUUGUCGUGCCGCUAUAAUCCACAGCAAAUUGGCGCCACUGUCCGUGACGUAGUCAGUGUAAUGCCGAGCGAUGAAGCGCAUUUGGCCGCGGCUGUUGCUUUGAAGGGCCCCAUUUCAGUGGGUAUCUAUGUGAGCGAAAAUUUCUUGCACUAUACUCACGGAGUACUCGAUGAUAAGUCUUGCAACCGGCCGAUGAAUCACGCCGUGCUCGUUGUGGGCUACGGCCAUGACAGCCAAGGCGGCGACUAUUGGUUGGUGAAGAACUCCUGGGGCAGCCAAUGGGGCGAUUCGGGCUAUAUACGCAUGUCGCGCAACCGAAACAAUCAAUGCCACAUUGCUAGCCUGGCCACCUAUCCUCUGGUCUAAGUACAUGCUUCAAUUAUCAAUUAUUUUCGAUUCAAUUCGAAAUCAAUUUAUAUGCAGCUGCAAAUGUCGUUGAGCGGGUGACAAAUAGCACAACAAUGGGCGAACAACAAUCGACAAUGAAUGAGACAAUUAUAUAAUUAAUACUUGGCAUUUGCAUAUGUAAUCAUUUAAUUAGAAGCACAGCCCACAAAACUAUGCACAAGUGUCUGCUUGAGAGGG